CUCAAGUGGCUUCAAGUUCACAUCGAGGCACUUUUCCUCCACAUUUUGGGAGCAUUCGAACGACCUAUCCUUCAAGUACUUCCGGGUCAUCUCGCUCGGCCAGGAAAAGGAAGCGAAACAAGAAUCCCAAGAAGCUCUCGAUGUUGCAUUCAAAACCGUGGAGAAGGUCCCAAAAAGCUUCGCUGGCCCGGGCGCGCAGGCAAGCACGCGGCACAACGCGCUCACGUCACCGAUGCGCGGAAACGAGGGGGCAGAUUGGAUUGUCAGCGCGGGAAGAUGGCGACGACAAAUAGAGACGAAAAAAGAGAGACCACGGCGAAAGUGUGCGCGCGCCCAUGACUUGUAAUCUUUGGAGCGCGACGGACUUCGGUGAAGGCGCCAAGUAGGAUGUCGCUCAAAUGGACGUCACGCAGAUCAGGGAGAUUCGUGUUCACCUACCUUGCUAACAUCACCAGACAUCAGUGAAGAAGCUCUUGGUCCUGAGCCGCAGGAACCGGAGCCCCGCAACUUUAAAGAGGAAAAGUGGCAGCAAUUUGCCGUUGAUUUGCCGGCGUCCCUGUGAAGAGCGACGACGACGAAGGCAAAGGUUAAACGUGACGGGCAGGAAUUCCAGUCAGAAGCUCAAGUCGACGCAGGACAACAGAAGGUGACGGAGAGGAUCACGAGCACGAGCAGACAGCCGCUCGGUUUGACUCUCAGAUGGCGGCGACGCGUCUGACACCGGGGACGACCGCUCGAAAGGUGCUACGACCGGUCACACUGACAACGGACUUUUGACAUGUCCUCAGUGCGACAAAACAUUUGGCCGUGAGUAACUUUGAGAAAACACACGAGAACUCACGCUGAUAAUCACUUCACAUGUCCUGAAUGCGACACCGCUUUUCAUCAACACACCGAUUUGAAAAACAAACACAUGGGAAGUCACACUGGAGAGAAGCCGUUUUCCUGCUCAGAAUUUGCAGACAGAGGAACUCCGGCAGCUCACUCGAGAGAGACCGUUCGCAAGCUCAGCGUGUGGUCAGCGAUUCUCAAUUAGAUCCGGUGUGGUAAAAGACAUGCCAAUACACACGGGAGAGAAACCCCUUGGCUGCUCAGUGUGCGGUCUGAGAGUAAAUCCAAAGAUCAGUUCAACAACGCACACUGGUGAGAGAGCAUUUCCAUGCUCAAGCUGCAGGAAAGGUUUUUCGGAGAUCCGGCACCUCAGAACACACUCGGGUGAGAAACUGUCCAGGUGCAAUGUGCGCGCGAAAAGAUUUUCUCGUCAGGACAAGCCGAAAGAACACAAGUGCGCUGGGAAGAAAUUCAGCUCCCAGACUGAAACGUUGACUUUUUGAACAUGGCUGCACACAAUGUGCGAGGCUGUCAGCGUGUGUGUGCGCGUCAUACCGUAUUCACAGUUGUUACCUGUGAACAUGCUUCAAACAUUAUAAAGCUGCACAAUAAAGGUUGUUGUUUCGUCGAAAUCAUCAUUAAUGGUGUUUGGUGGCGAGCGCAAUUCAAAUAUGUAUUGGCAGCAUUCACGCACAAGCAAACCUUCCACACGAUCACAUUCAAAUCAGAAAAUGUAAGCGAGACAGUGAAAGCAAGAAUUAGUAGCAAAGUGAAACGACUCUACCAGAAGCAACGUAGUGUAAUGACACCACCUCACCUGAGAGAGGCAGUGAUGCGCUCGUGUCAACUGUCUCGUCUGGCGGAAGUAAAACUAAAGGAAGCCGACGUCAGCAAGACGGUUUGAAGUCACAACGACUUUGCCCUUUUUUUCUGGCCUUAUUUCACACACGAAUUGGAUGAGGCGGAUUUUGAAGCUUCUCCAUUUCGCUGAGCUCGCUGACCGCUAACACAGCGAUGCGGAAGUGAGCGACACGUCGCCGAGCGGCGAUCGAAGUGAGUGUGAAGUGUUGCGAUUAUCGCGUGGCGGGGAAAUGUGCAAAGUGGAUAUGCUGAGGGGGUUGUUUCAUGCGCGCCGUCGAAGAAAUAUUUGUAGUGUUUGAAAGAACGAUUGCAGAGUACGAGGAAGAACUUUGUCGGGCGAAAGAGGAGAACGAGCGACAACGUCAACUGCUGGACGCUGUCUUCAAGCCUCAAGAUGAGUUACACGUACCAGAGCUUCAUCCUGAGCAGCAGAAGUGGAGCUCCAGGGUGGAGGACGAGUCAACGCUCCCCAACGUUAAAGUUGAAGAGGAGGACCUGCGGAGGAGUCGGGAGGGAGAGCAGCUUCAGGGGUUCCCGGGGAUUCGUGUCAUUGUGAAGAGUGAAGGGGACGACGACGAAGUGGCAAAGUCUCGGCUUCGUUCCAGUCAAAGUGUGCAAAACGCAGCAAGCAGCAGCUCAAGUCAACACGUGACGACAGGAGAUGGAGACCGUUGUGAAGGAUCGCAAGCAACCAGCCUCUCGGACACAAAGUCUGACACUGAUGAUGACGAACACGCUAAAGGUGGUUUGGAAUAUCCCACUGAAAACGCACACCUGACGUGUCCUCGAUGUGACGAGACAUUUGGGACCAAAUACACGUUAAGAGUGCACAUGAGAACGCACACGGGAGAGAAACCCUUUUCCUGCUCAUUUUGCAGUAAAACGUUCUCUCAAAAAGUAAAGUUGAUAACACACGCAAGAACACACACGGGCCAAAAACCCUUUUCCUGUUCGGUGUGCAACAAGAGUUUUCGGGAUCAUUCAGCGUUGGUGCAACACGAGAGAACGCACACGGGUGAGAAACCGUUUAGAUGCUCUGUGUGUGCCCAACACUUCUCAUUUAGGUCAAAUAUGAUAACACACAUGAGAACGCACACUGGAGAAAAACCUUUUGUCUGCUCACUGUGCGGUCUGAGAGUCACUCAGAAGAUUAGUUUAACAAAUCACAUGAGAACGCACACUGGGGAGAGACCUUUCGCCUGUUCCAUCUGCAACAAAUGUUUUUGUGAUCGUUCGACAUUGGUUCGACACAUGACCACACACACUGGUGAGAAAGUUUUCAGUUGCAGCUUGUGUGAGAAGAGAUUCUCUCGUAAAGAGAAGCUUAACAAACACAAGUGCGCUGGGAAGAAAUCAAGCUGUGGGACUUGAAAUAAACUGCGAAGAGACUUUGGAAGAGCCUCAAAACUACUAACUAGUACAUUUCCUGAAAUAAAUGCUCUGGAGAGAGUGGCGGGUGAUCGGUGGAGAACCAGCAAGUGAGCGGUGAGCAGAUAUGCUUGAGAAGUGUUGGAGUGUUUGUUGGCUUGGAGCGACACACGUGGGACGACACCGCUCUUGGCCUUGUACUUACUUGUAUUGCGUUGCAUUCAAACAAUGGGCGCCUACCAACUUAUUGUUAUUCUUAUUUAUUAUUGUAUGAUUUUGCUGGGCCGGCUCACUUUUUUUUUUCUUCUCUCCUCUCUGUACUUCGACUUUAGCACGGUCUCAGUACUUUUGCCAAUUACGGAUGUGAACGUGAUGCGACCCGGAAGAGCCCGGAAGGCCAAAGCGUCCCAUUGAGCGAGCGUUGAGGGCUCCUCGGGAGUGCUGUCCUCACUAAGUCUUCUUGCGUGAACUGGCGAAACGUCUUCCGAGACAACCCGUCCAUUCCAGUUGAGUUGCGAUGGCUGCACUGCCCUAAGAUGAAAAGGAACUGACGAAAUGAAUGAAUGUGGGUCCUUCGAGGCAAUCGGCCACUAGGGGGCCCCCAAGCGUAAAAGAGUCAACAGAGCUAUUUGCAGUAUUUUGUUAUUUUUUAGGUAGGUAGUGUCGAGGAAGAAACAAGAGUAACCUAUAUAAAAAAAAGGUUCAA